CAAACACAAUUGGAUUCGGCAAUGUUCCACGCGCAAGCCGAGGACUCUACAAACCCGUGUCCCCAUACCAUAAUCGAGAUUGUUGGAGCAGAGAGAGAGAGAGAGCAAUGGCGUCACUGGUGCGAUCAGUGGCUUUGAGAGCUCUCAGAAAUGGAGGAGGAGGAGGAGGAGGAGAACUUCUCUUCCAUACAGCACUAAAAAAUAUACUCACUUCUCCGCCUCAAACCCUAACCGUGCGAGCAUUCUCGGCCACCAUGUCGCCGCCGUCGAAGGCCGUCCUCUACGACCAACAAGGUCCUCCCGAUUUAGUUACCAGAGUGGUAGAAUUGCCGCCGGUAGAAGUCAAGGAGAAUGACGUGUGUGUUAGGAUGCUCGCUGCUCCUAUCAACCCCUCCGAUAUCAACCGUAUUGAAGGAGUGUAUCCUGUGAGGCCAGAAGUGCCGGCGGUCGGAGGAUAUGAAGGUGUUGGAGAGGUUUACUCGGUCGGCUCUGUAGUUAAGGCUCUCUCGCCUGGUGAUUGGGUUAUUCCCUCUCCUCCCUCUUUUGGGACGUGGCAGACUUACAUUGUGAAAGAUCAGAGUGUAUGGCACAAGAUUAAUAAGGAUUCACCUGUGGAAUAUGCUGCCACAGCUACUGUUAAUCCUUUGACUGCUCUAAGAAUGCUUGAAGACUUCGUUCCUCUUAAUUCAGGAGAUGCUAUCGUCCAAAAUGGGGCUACAAGUAUUGUUGGCCAAUGUAUCAUUCAGAUUGCACGAGACUGCGGCAUCCAUAGUAUCAAUAUUAUAAGGGAUAGGCCUCGCUCAUAUGAAGUGAAAGAAAAACUUAGAAAACUUGGUGCUGAUGAAGUUUUUACCGAGACCCAAUUGGAAGUGAAAAAUGUCAAGGGUCUUCUGGCUAAUAUUCCUGAACCUGCAUUAGGCUUUAACUGUGUUGGCGGUAAUGCUGCAUCUUUGGUUCUCAAAUUUUUGAGGCAGGGAGCAACUAUGGUAACAUAUGGUGGCAUGUCUAAGAAACCAAUUACCGUAUCCACUACAUCUUUCAUUUUUAAGGACCUCUCUUUAAGGGGAUUCUGGUUGCAGAAAUGGUUAAGUACAGAUAAGGCACAUGAAUGUAGAAAAAUGAUAGAUUACCUCUUGGACCUGGCUCGACAAGGGAAGUUGAGAUAUGAAAUGGAAAUGGUUCCUUUCGACAAUUUUCACACUGCACUCAACAAGGCUCUUGGGAAACUAGGAAGCCAACCAAAGCAAGUCAUCAGAUUCUGAUUUAAAAGAACUGGAGGAAUAUGUUUCAAUUGCACUUAACAAGAGUCGACUACUUUGGGACCAUUUUUUUUCGCACAAGACCAUUCCUAGGUGAGAACCAGUUGCCGCAAAAUAUGGCCGACUAACAGUUAUGCAACUAAGAUCACAAUGUAUUACUGUCCUGACAGGGCUUACUACUGAAUGUUGUCAGCAAUUUCUUGCAUGCAAUUUUCUAUGUAAUCUUUUUUUUUUUUUUUUUUUUUUUUGGUAUAAUGUAUUGUGCAUAGGCUCUGUGUUCUCUCUUUUUGCUUACUGAUAACACCCUUUAAAA